AGAGCUGCGGCUGGAGUCGAGCGCGCCGCGUCGCCCGCCGCUAGUGCAGAGCGUGGGGAGCACUCCGCCGCAGCCCUCGCCCGCCGCGGAGGGUUGCGUGCCGCGCCGCCGGCCAGGCCGCCCCGUGCCCGGGCCUUUCCGUCCUUGGAGAGGAUCGUUGCCCGCCGGGCGCUCGCCCUCAGCGACAGCGCCCGCAGGAGCCGAGGCCGCAGCGGCGGCCGUGCCCAUGCCCGGGUGUCCACGAUUAGCAGCUUUUCCACCACUGCCAAACCUUGCCCAGGCACUGGGACCGUGGGUGGCCACCUGGCCCUAGCUGCGGCUGCCGAGGUUGCACGUGUGAGGAGGCCUGACAGGCAGCAUGGGUGACAUGGCCAAUAGUUCCAUCGAGUUCCACCCCAAGCCCCAGCAGCAGCGGGAGGCCCCCCACGCUGGAGGCUUUGGGUGCACGCUGGCAGAGCUGCGCACCCUCAUGGAGCUGAGAGGGGCCGAGGCGCUGCAGAAGAUCGAGGAGGCCUACGGGGACGUCAGCGGGCUCUGCCGGAGGCUGAAGACCUCGCCCACAGUGGGCCUGGCAGACAACGCGGAUGACCUGGAGAAGCGCAGGCAGAUCUACGGGCAGAACCUCAUCCCGCCCAAGCAGCCCAAGACGUUCCUGCAGCUGGUGUGGGAGGCCCUGCAGGACGUCACCCUCAUCAUCCUGGAGGUGGCUGCCAUUGUCUCUCUGGGCCUCUCAUUCUAUGCACCGCCUGGAGAGGAGAGUGAAGCCUGCGGGAAUGUGUCAGGAGGCGCAGAAGAUGAGGGCGAGGCCGAGGCUGGCUGGAUCGAGGGGGCCGCCAUCCUGCUGUCUGUCAUCUGUGUGGUGCUGGUCACGGCCUUCAAUGACUGGAGCAAGGAGAAGCAGUUCCGAGGCCUGCAGAGCCGGAUUGAGCAGGAGCAGAAGUUUACGGUCAUCCGGAAUGGGCAGCUCCUCCAGGUCCCCGUGGCUGCACUGGUGGUGGGGGACAUUGCCCAGGUCAAGUACGGAGACCUGCUGCCAGCCGACGGCGUGCUUAUCCAGGCCAACGACCUCAAGAUCGACGAGAGCUCCCUGACGGGCGAGUCUGACCACGUGCGCAAGUCAGCUGACAAAGACCCCAUGAUGCUCUCAGGCACUCAUGUCAUGGAAGGUUCUGGAAGAAUGGUGGUGACUGCUGUUGGCGUGAACUCCCAGACAGGCAUCAUCUUCACACUGCUUGGAGCUGGCGGAGAGGAGGAAGAGAAGAAGGAUAAGAAAGGCAAGCAGCAGGAUGGGGCCAUGGAGAGUAGCCAGACCAAAGCUAAGAAGCAGGAUGGGGCAGUGGCCAUGGAAAUGCAACCCCUGAAGAGCGCGGAGGGUGGGGAAAUGGAGGAUCGCGAGAAGAAGAAAGCCAGCACACCCAAGAAAGAGAAGUCUGUCCUUCAGGGGAAGCUCACGAAGCUAGCCGUGCAGAUCGGGAAAGCAGGGCUGGUGAUGUCUGCCAUCACUGUCAUCAUCCUUGUCCUCUACUUUGUGAUUGAGACGUUUGUUGUGAGAGGCCGGACGUGGCUGGCAGAGUGCACGCCAGUCUACGUGCAGUACUUUGUGAAGUUCUUCAUCAUCGGUGUCACUGUGCUGGUCGUGGCUGUUCCAGAGGGCCUGCCUCUUGCUGUCACCAUCUCCUUAGCUUACUCUGUCAAGAAAAUGAUGAAAGACAACAACCUGGUGCGCCACCUGGAUGCCUGUGAGACUAUGGGCAAUGCCACAGCCAUCUGUUCCGACAAGACGGGCACGCUCACCACCAACCGCAUGACUGUGGUCCAGUCGUAUCUAGGGGACACCCACUACAAAGAGAUUCCGGCCCCCAGCGCCCUCACCCCUAAGAUCCUAGACGUCUUGGUCCAUGCCAUCUCCAUCAACAGUGCCUAUACCACCAAAAUACUACCUCCUGAGAAGGAAGGUGCCCUCCCACGCCAGGUGGGCAAUAAGACAGAGUGCGCCCUGCUGGGUUUCGUCCUGGACCUGAAGCGGGACUUCCAGCCUGUACGGGAGCAGAUCCCGGAAGACAAACUUUACAAAGUGUACACCUUCAACUCAGUCCGCAAGUCCAUGAGCACAGUCAUCCGCAUGCCUGACGGCGGCUUCCGCCUCUUCAGCAAGGGGGCCUCAGAGAUCCUGCUGAAAAAGUGCACCAACAUCUUAAACAGCAAUGGUGAACUCCGCAGCUUUCGGCCUCGGGACCGGGACGACGUGGUGAGGAAGAUCAUCGAGCCGAUGGCUUGUGACGGUCUCCGCACCAUCUGCAUCGCGUACCGGGACUUCCCUGCAGGCCAGGAACCCGACUGGGACAAUGAGAAUGAGGUCGUGGGUGACCUCACCUGCAUAGCUGUCGUGGGCAUUGAGGACCCUGUGCGACCCGAGGUCCCUGAAGCUAUCCGAAAAUGCCAGCGUGCUGGUAUCACAGUUCGCAUGGUGACUGGGGACAACAUCAACACUGCCCGGGCCAUUGCGGCCAAAUGUGGCAUCAUCCAGCCUGGGGAGGACUUCCUGUGCCUGGAAGGGAAAGAGUUCAACCGGCGGAUCCGCAACGAGAAAGGCGAGAUAGAACAGGAGCGGCUGGACAAGGUGUGGCCCAAGCUGAGGGUGCUGGCCCGGUCGUCUCCCACCGACAAGCACACUCUGGUCAAAGGGAUUAUUGACAGCACCAGUGGCGAGCAGCGGCAGGUGGUGGCCGUGACUGGGGAUGGCACCAACGAUGGGCCGGCCCUCAAGAAGGCGGACGUAGGCUUUGCCAUGGGCAUCGCAGGGACCGACGUGGCCAAGGAGGCCUCUGACAUCAUCCUGACCGAUGACAACUUCACCAGCAUCGUCAAGGCAGUCAUGUGGGGCCGGAACGUCUAUGACAGCAUCUCCAAGUUCCUGCAGUUCCAACUGACAGUCAACGUGGUGGCCGUGAUCGUGGCCUUCACAGGCGCCUGCAUUACUCAGGACUCUCCUCUCAAAGCCGUGCAGAUGUUGUGGGUGAACUUGAUCAUGGACACCUUUGCCUCUCUGGCCCUGGCAACGGAGCCUCCCACAGAGUCGCUGCUGCUGCGAAAGCCAUAUGGCCGCGACAAGCCCCUCAUCUCCCGCACCAUGAUGAAGAAUAUCCUGGGCCACGCCGCGUAUCAGCUCACCAUCAUCUUCACCCUGCUCUUUGUCGGAGAGCUCUUCUUCGACAUCGACAGCGGGAGGAACGCACCGCUGCACUCGCCCCCCUCAGAGCAUUACACCAUCAUCUUCAACACCUUCGUCCUCAUGCAGCUCUGCAACGAGAUCAACGCCCGCAAGAUCCACGGCGAGAGGAACGUCUUCGACGGGAUCUUCAGCAACCCCAUCUUCUGCACCAUCGUCCUGGGCACCUUCGGGAUCCAGAUUGUUAUCGUCCAGUUUGGCGGGAAGCCCUUCAGCUGCUCCCCGCUGUCCACGGAACAGUGGCUCUGGUGCCUGUUUGUUGGUGUUGGGGAGCUGGUCUGGGGACAGGUCAUUGCCACCAUCCCCACCAGCCAGCUCAAGUGCCUGAAGGAAGCUGGGCACGGGCCGGGGAAGGAUGAGAUGACAGACGAGGAGCUUGCCGAAGGCGAGGAAGAGAUCGACCACGCCGAGCGGGAGCUCCGCAGGGGCCAGAUCCUCUGGUUCCGGGGCCUGAACCGGAUUCAGACUCAGAUGGAGGUAGUGAGUACCUUCAAGAGAAGCGCUUCAUUGCAGGGUGCUGUGCGCCGGCGGUCCUCGGUCCUCAGCCAGCUCCAUGACGUAACCAAUCUUUCUAGCCCUACUCACGUAAUUCUCUCUGCUGCCAAUCCCACCAGUGCUGCUGGGAAUCCGGGUAGUGAAAGCGUUCCGUAGCUCACUCUAUGAAGGCCUGGAGAAACCAGAAUCCAAGACCUCCAUUCACAACUUCAUGGCCACGCCUGAGUUUCUGAUUAACGACUAUACCCACAACAUCCCGCUCAUCGAUGACACGGACGUGGACGAGAACGAGGAGCGCCUCCGGGCCCCCCCGCCCCCGUCCCCCAACCAGAACAACAACGCCAUAGACAGCGGCAUCUACCUGACCACGCAUGUCACCAAGUCAGCUACCUCUUCAGUGUCUCCCUCCAGUCCCGGGAGCUCGCUCCACAGCGUGGAGACGGCCCUCUAAUGAGAACUUGUCUCAGCACAUGCACACAUGCACACUCGGACUCACACGCAGUCACACGCACACACGCACGCACACACAGAUAGCGACCCGCACACCUGCAAAACGGGGGAACAGCUAAGGUGGCUGAAGAGCCUGCUGGCAGGGCAUUUGCGAGAAGCCAAAUCCAUUCAACAAGGGUGCAGCCUGCCACAGCCUCCUCACCAGGACGGGGGAAGUGGAGGCCAGGGUGGAGGAAAAAGAGGAAGGGGAAGACAAGAAGGGGGAGGAGAAGGUUCUUCAUCCAAAGGAGGAAGGAGAAGUAGGAAGCGAAGAGCUGAGUUCCCCACCUUUUUUCUAUUGAUGCUUCUUUUUUAACGAACUCAGUUCCACUGCGUGUAUGCGGUGGGCAGGGGCUGGUUUGGGUUUAUUGGGAGCUUUUGUUGCACCCAUUCGGGAGAAAUCAGAUCAACAUAUUCGUGCAAAAAAAAAAGUUGAGUGCUCUGCAGGGCUGUGAAGGGUGCCACCCGAGGGCGCCGCCUGCAAGCAUCCCUGCAGCCACAAAGCAACCCGUCCCUGGCAAAAACUAGGCACACCUGCAGUGUGCAUGUGUGUGUGUGUGUGUGCGCACAUAUAUGUAUGUGUGUGGAUCUGUACACAGGCACAUAUAUAUGACCAGAUGCAUAUUUCCAUAAGGAACUAUUUAUUGGCAUGAUAUUUAUAUUCCUCUUAUCAGGCAUUUUCAUUUGGAAAUUUUAUUAUUGAAUGUAGUAAGGUUUUUUUUUUUUUCCAGAGAACUAGACUGCAAGAAUAUCUGGUCAAUCCAUUUUCAUUCUUCAUGACCCACUCCCACCCUUCGCUCCUGCCCUCUGCCCGGCCCUACUGAGAUUCCCAAGGAGAAGGCGGAGAGGGGACGCUCCAGGUCUGGAGCACUGAGACCCCUGCCAGAGAGAAGAAAACCCUUUCAAUGGAAGUUCUUACCUAAAAGGAGCCCUUCAGUUAGUGAAAGGGGAGUUUUGUUUUCAGCUUUCUUUGGUUUCUCCAAUUCCACCUCCUUCAUCCUGGUCACUCCCCCAACUUCAAGAGCACGAAGCACUCUUGGAGGUGCGGGUCCUGCCCAGAGUCCAGGGAGCGCCCCAGCUGAGCACAGGUCCGAGGGGCCAGGUGCAGGGCCAGGAGUUCAAAAGAAGCCAGUGGAGGGAGACGGGCCCUCAGAAGCCCGGAGGAGCUGACCCUGUCCACUUGGCACCCAGAUGGACUCCCACUGUUUGCUCUGGCAAAUGCUGAGGAGUGCUCACUAGACCACCUCAGUGUCUGCUGUUACACCAGAGGCGCCGCCACCAAAGCACUCUUUCCACCCUGCUCCUCGCAUCCAGAGGCCAAGCUUCAGCCCUGAAGGCAUGGAUUUGUAGCUGAGCACCAGGUCCUGACGGGAGCCUAUCCUUGCAGUGUGGGCACCUGACGGGCCAAGCCUCAGUUUCCCCCAAAUGAGCAAUCACUUGGGAGGGAAGUACAGAGAAGGCAGAGGGAGUAAAGGAGGGCACCGUCCUGAGGAAGCCACACCCACAGUGACGCCAUGGAGGACCCUUGCCCUCGGGACUUGCAGCUGUCACGUUUUGCAGGGAGGUGGUUGGGCCUGGGGCUCAGCCGCUGGGAGACAGCUGGAAGCUGAGGGACAGAGGUUGGAAUGGAAGCCACCGACAUGGACUGGCACCUUCGGGAGGCUUGUCUCACCUCCACCGUUCCCACUAUUACCAUUAAUGCCAUGUCACCCCUGAGCAGGAGGAGUCAAAUCUCGGGCGAAAGAAUUUCAGUUAGAAAGGAAAAUCCCACCUGAAAAUGCCAGCUGCAGAUAACUCAAAGCCAUCCUUCUUUCCUAAAGGGCACACUGAGAAUGUUACCCAUUUUUAAACUGCUCCUUGAUGUCCUUGUUGAAACGAUAGUAAGAAAAAGGAUCUUUGUGUUCUUCAACGAGAAAUAAAAUUCGAGACGUUGAAAUUGCAGAAGAUGAAGCGCGUGCUGCUGCACUCACGGGCUUCUUCUCAUUCUCUGCCGUAGACACACCGAUAGGACCAAUGGCCAAUAGCUAUUAAAAGCAAACCCUCACUGCUGCUGUAGAAAGUUGCCUAUGUAAAUUUCGACUGUUCAGUCCCUAGGUCACCUUUGUGCUAGGAUGUGGGGUUCAGAAAUGAGGCAUCAUCUUCAGACCGGGGGCCCUGUCUCACUGGGAAGCCCCUCCUUACAAAGCAUUCUGUUACCUGGAAUGGCUUGGUCAACUGUGUUGAGUUCAUAAAUAUGUUUUACAUUUUUAUCUGCCUGUUAUAAAGAUGGAAAAAAAAUCUUUAAUGAGAAAGAUCACAGAUGCAUAAUACUUUAAACUCCGUAGUUGAAUUUCCUAAGUUAAAGAAUAGACCAAAAUUUCUGUGUGUAUAAAAAAAAAAAUGAAAGUCUCCCAUAUCCUGGUCUGG